AUCCAUCCUAUCCAUCUUGAAGACGGCUAUCAAUCCCAGGGCCUGCUGAAUCAUCAACUCCGGAAGGGGGUGUGCCAGAAGAAAGCCACCCGGGCCACCUUCUACGUUUUGCGACACCGUCAUCGUACGCUGGUCCUGGAUUGCAUUGCAUUGCGUUCGCGGAGACAGGGCCAUGUCCGCUGCGGAGAUGGCCAUGACAAACGGAGGGUAUUCACGCCGUAUUGCGUGCAAGUUAUGUCGGGAUCGCAAGGUCAAGUGCGGAGGUGAGCAGCCGCAGUGUCAGAAGUGCACACGGGCGGGCGAGCAGUGCGUGUACCUGCCGACGCAGAGACCAACCAAAGCAGACCUGGCUCAGACGGUGGAGGCAUUGCAAAAGCGCCUAGAGGAAGCAGAGGCCUACAUCUCUCGACUGAAUGCUUCUCCAGGUAGUACAGUCACUCCACCAUCUUCACACACUUCCGACGGGCCCAUCAACCCGGAACUCCAGACCUUACCCCCCUCGACCGUUCAGACGCCUUCGACGGUUCAUCCAGGUGGUGGCGGUGCUCCUCUCAAUGGGUCCAACCAUCCAGACAUGUUGUAUCAACAGCAUAAUCUGCACUUGUCCGCAUCAGCGCUUCCAGACCCAUCCAUUUGGCAGGCCUUGGAGAGACAAGCCACAAUCGCCCCGUUCUCGGUCAGUGACGACAUGAACAUUGACCCUGUGAGUCUUGACUUCUACGCACCAAACGGCUUCAAUUGCCACAGGGACAUCAACGAGGAAACAGGCGCAGCGAUUCUUGGUCCGGUGACAGCCUUCUCGUCAGCAGUGCUCCGCAACCAGGCCGAGGCAUCCGUCAUGGGUUCUCUGAUCGCGGAUUACAUAGCCUGGCUGCGGAAGGUCCCACCCGGCGGUGGCGGCUCGGUCAACGAAGGACCGCACUACGUGGGCAUUCUGGAAACACUCGAGACACGUGUCCGGGAACUGUGUGACACGAGCCAGUCCAGAAGCAGCAGCGCGCUACGAGAGCUGGUAACGGCAUUGGAAGGCAUCGCACCUCCAGGUGGCGCUAUGGCUACGAGACUCGCCAGCCUCGAAGAUGAACUCCAGAAAGAAGCACAGGAGCGUGCCAAAUUUUUCCGCUCACGAUAUAAUAUAUGCGCCCUCCUUACGGAGCAGGCUCGUAACAUGUCACAAUAAGCAGCCAUGUACGAGUUGCUGAUAACAGGAUAGGGGCCUGAUAGAGUAUAUUGGCGCCACCCAACACCCAGGGGGUGGGCAGCAGUGGUAGAUCGCCUGAG